ACAACCAUUUUUACAUAAAUAAUGAACAAAUAACAUAAAUAAAAUCUCAACUAAUUACUCCCAAAACCUAACCCAUGACAACCAAAACAACCCUUUUCUUCUGGCUCUCAGCCUUUGCCAUUGCACUCCUUUCCACUUUUAAAUGCCUCCCCCUCACCCCCUUUCUUUCCCCAACUUCCAUUAUUUCCGAAAGUGCUCGAAACAGCUUCAAGCUUGCCAUAUUUGAUCAGGUUUUCGAGCAAACCGGUGAGAGCUUACUGUCCACCCUAACAAGCAUUGUGGCUAGACACCACCACCACCGUCAGCGUAGGCAUACAUGUGACCAGACCAAACGGAAAAACUCUAGAUUCAUGUCCGAAUACAAUGUAUCCCUUGUUUUGACAGUAGGCUUCAAAGGUUGCUCAAAUUUUAGUAGUGUCCAAAAUGCGGUUGAUGCUGUUCCGGAGCUUAGUAUUAAUAGAACCCUCAUCAUAAUCAACUCCGGCAUUUACAGGGAAAAGGUGACAGUGAGUGCUAACAAGACCAACUUGAUAAUUCAAGGACAAGGUUAUCUAAACACUAUCAUAGCAUGGAAUGACACUGCAAAUUCUACUGGAGGGACUGCUUUUAGCUCUUCAGUUGCCAUCUUUGCUCCUUGUUUCACUGCCUACAACAUUAGCUUUCAGAACACAGCUCCGCCGCCAGCUCCGGGAAGAAUUGGAGCACAGGCAGUGGCCCUGAGAAUUGCAGGAGACCAAGCUGCAUUUUAUGGGUGUGGCUUUUAUGGUGCACAAGACACGCUUAAUGAUGAUCGUGGGAGACAUUAUUUUAGAGAAUGUUUCAUUCAGGGCUCCAUUGAUUUCAUUUUUGGAAAGGCUAGAUCACUAUAUGAGGGGUGCAUCCUUAACUCCAUAGCAAAUGCAGUCAAAUCGGGGAUAAGCGGAGCCAUCACGGCUCAAGGAAGGCAGUCGAUGCAGGAGCAAAGCGGGUUUUCCUUUGUGAAUUGUAGCGUUGGAGGAAGUGGGACAGUGUGGCUUGGUCGAGCAUGGGGAGCUUAUGCGACUGUUGUGUUUUCGAAAACAUACAUGUCUGAUGUUGUUGCUUCAGAUGGAUGGAAUGACUGGAAAGACCCCUCCAGAGACCCGACGGUAUUAUUUGGGGAGUACGAUUGCAUGGGGUCCGGUGCGAAUUAUACAUAUAGGGUUUCGUAUGGAAGGCAACUGAAUGAAUCUGAAGCAGCUCCUUUCUUGGACAUUUCGUACAUUGAUGGAAAUGAUUGGCUUUUACAUCCUCCACUCUUCAACCUUCAUGAUGAUCACAAUCUCAACGAUCAAUGGACUCGUACAUUCAAGUAUUUUCGUAGCGUUUUUAUUUAUCAAACAUUCUGAUACGCUGUGUCGUCCCGUCAACCUUAAGAAACAUAUAAUGCUUGUAUGUGUUUUUUUAACUAGCAGUCUUGUAUUAUAACAUACCAUACUAAUCCAGUGAAUAAGAAGUGAAGUGACUUUUUAAAAUUGUAUUCUCUAA